GUAAAUUGAAAAAGGCAGCAAGGUUCCCUAUUGGCGGCACACCGUUAAUACUGCAGUUGGAUGGUUAGAUACAGCCACGCACCACGCCAACAUGCGACAUAACCAGCUUCAACAGCUGCCACGUCUCCCCAUAAUAAUGUUUUACGGCCAAUCAAUCCUGAAUGGCUGCCAAUUGAAUUCUGAGUGUUGGCUCGAUGUGACGGCCGGUGGGUGGGAAAGAAGUUGCAUGCCUUUUCAUAUAGUUUCGCGAGAAACUGGGCAAGCAUUUCAGAAAAGUCGUAACUUUCCGCCCCAAAAGCUCCAACUAAUCCAAUCUCACUUUUCAUCGAGUACCUUUUGAACGAACAUUUAGACUAAGUCUUAUCAAUUCCAGUGAACAAAAUGUCGGAUAUUGGCGCUGCAUCUUUCGCUGAAAGAAUGAUAUUGUCACUAUCUAAGAUCGAUGUUAGUCAGUGGCCUUGGGAUAAGAUUAUCAACGGUUCUGGCUUGGGGUUAAAUCUAUUAAGUUUUAUUAAAAGUUCGGCUAAAGGCAAUCCCCAGAUGGAGAAGUUGGUGGCUGAAGCUGAAAGAAACAACGCCUAUAUGAAAUCUCUGAAUGAUCUCAUCAGCGAGGCUGCCAGGUAUCAAGCUCGGUCCAAUAAGAUAUCAGAACGACAACUAGACCAGAUCUUGAAGGCCUUGCAAGGCUUGGAGAGCUGGACACAAAGCAUGAACGAGAGGUUACAGUCCAUCGCUGACGGCAUCAACUCUUUCAGCAGACCUUCCGUUACGGGUCUUAUUCACGGAAUCGGAGGUCUUUUGACAGAAGCGGCCGCCGUUGCCGAGAUCAGGAGGCUAGCAGAUAACACCGAGAAGAUGGCCGGAUCGCUCAGCGGCAUCGACCAGAACCUAGAUUCGAUUAAUUCGCGAGGCGACUACUUUCCUCAACACGUACACUCAUACAUCCGAACCAUGAUCGAACGGCACAGUCGGGAUGAGAUGCCGCACUACUUUUUCGUCUUUCACCAGGGUCACGAAUGGCACCCCAAGUUCGAAGACCUUCAACGCCAGGACCCGCUCGGGCCUCCGUUCGUAGGGUAUAAAGAUGACCUGGACGAGCUGUGCGCCUUUCUCGUCGACGAGGUGCGCCCCCAGGUCGGCACGGAGCCCGUCUUGCAUAUAUUGAUGCCAACCGUCAAGCCACUCGCCAUCACCGAAUCCCUUAGAUUCCCCGACGCCAUGCGGCCCUUCUGCGUCGAGGGCCAAAAGGGCGAUGGGGGAGUUCCGUACGUGUUUAUGUGUACGCCUCGGCAAGAGGACCGUCAGCAUCUGAAACACAUCGGCGCCCUUCAACCCAAGUCGAGAUAUGUGUUGCUCCAGCAGGCGGGAGUAUGCUUGCCCUUCAUCGGCAAGUAUCUGUCUUGGACGCUGGAGCCUCAGUUCUUUGAGGAUCCAUACUAUACAACAACAACUACUUGUGACCUCCUUCUCUAUGAAUCAUUGUAUUGCGAAUGUAAUCCAGUCCCUCCAAGGGUGCUAGGAGAGCCUCGGGUCGCUUGAGCGAAAUGCAUACGUUUUGACU